AUAUCGCAAUUAUAUGUUGAAUAACCAUUGCGCGGUUCUCGUGGUGCAGUGAAGAUAGUAAUUUUUAUCGUAUUUACAGAAAACCAAUUGUUCUGAAUGUACGUCGAGCGCAAUGUUCCGAACGAUGUGAGGCACCAUAGCAAAAAUCGCCAUACUUGCAUCCCAUCGUUUGCAGCAGACAACAAUUCGACGUACCACCGAUCCGCCACACAGCGAUGAUACGAAGGAUAGUUUCCAAAGGGGUCACCAUCGUCGUCCCUCGCCAAGGAUGGACAUGGAUACAGCCAGCAAGCAUAACGUUAACAGUGUAUCACCCAAAGCGAACCAUACAUGUACCAGUGGGCCGGACGACGAAGGUAGUUCCGCCGGUGCUAACACCGGCAUUGCCAACACUUGCAACAUCGCGAAGGCAUACCUCCGGCAGAGGAAACGAUAACGGAAGGAAACCACUCUUCCAUGCCGACAAAUUGCAAACGAUACCAAAAACUAUUGGCAUACUCCCUGGCCGGGGUGUUGCAAGUGAUAAUAGCGAUAAGAAAAAUGUUCGAUCGGAGCGCGAAACAACCGGCAACUGGUUGCAUCGGAUUUCGCCGUACGCAAGGCUAAUGCGUAUCGAUCGGCCCAUCGGUUCAUGGCUUCUGUUUUGGCCGUGCGGAUGGAGUAUCGCACUCAGUGCACCCGCGGGUUGCUGGCCGGAUCCGCUGAUGUUGGGGUUAUUCGGCGUUGGAGCGUUCGUCAUGCGGGGAGCUGGUUGUACUAUCAACGAUCUAUGGGAUCGCGACAUAGAUGCCAAAGUGGAACGCACGCGAAAUCGACCUCUCGUGUCCGGGGAAAUCGCCCCCUUCGACGCACUCGUGUUCCUUGGCGGUCAGCUGGGACUUGGACUCUUAGUUUUGCUGCAAUUGAACUGGUACUCGAUAUUGCUGGGGGCCAGCUCGUUGGGUCUAGUCAUCGUUUACCCACUAAUGAAACGAAUCACCUAUUGGCCGCAACUAAUGCUCGGUGCCACCUUCAACUGGGGUGCACUGCUGGGUUGGGGUGCAACGCAAGGCCACGUCGAGUGGGCCGCCUGUUUACCUCUGUACGCUGCCGGUGUAUGCUGGACGAUUGUUUACGAUACGAUAUACGCCCAUCAAGACAAGGUGGACGAUAUGCUGAUUGGAAUUAAAUCAACCGCCCUGAGAUUCGGAGACAACACCAAACUGUGGCUCACCGGAUUUACGACAACGAUGCUAGGAAGCCUGGUAACUGCUGGAUUGGUGUGUGAUCAAACGUGGCCAUACUAUACCUCGAUUGGGCUGAUAGCAGCCCACCUAGCCCACCAGAUUCACUCUCUAAAUAUCCACAAUCCAACCGAUUGUGCUUCAAAAUUCAUUUCGAACCAUCAGGUGGGACUUAUUCUUUUUCUUGGCAUCGUGCUCGGUACAUUGUACAAAAAGAAUAGUGAAGAUAAAGCGAAAACAUUGCUGAACAGCACUUCCGCCAGUAGCAGCCAAUUAAGUGCUACCGUAACUGGGACAAGAAAUAUUGCUGUUUAAACACUACGGCUCUGCUUCCUCUGUGUACCUUCAUUUGCAUCGUUUUAAAAAGGUUAAAUAUAAAGCUAAGGCGUACAAUUUAUAUAA